AACUUGACGUUAACGUGACGUUAAAAUUAACGGCGAGUUAAAUGGGUUGCACGAACGUUAACUAAUAGUUAAAGCUUAGUUUAUUAUCUAAUUUAACUUAAAGAUUUAACUCAAGUUACCUAGGUACAUUAAAUAUUUAAUUAAACAUUAAAAUCAAAAUGGCGGAUCUGUUGUUAUUUGGAAACGUGUUUGUGGAGAAGAAAAAAAGAAACUACAGAGAGAUAAUAGAAAUGACAGACUUGAGCGACACGCAAAUCCGAUCCCGAUUUCGAUUUCGACGAGAUUCGAUUACGUAUGUUUCGGACAUUGUGCGUUAUGAUCUGCAAAGAGCAACAAAACGUAGUCAGUCCAUAUCGGUGGAAAUGCAGGUUAUGCUGGCUCUACGUUUUUAUGCCUCUGGAAGCUUUUUGGAAGUUAUCGGAGAUACCAUGGGGUUUGAUAAAAGUACAGUCAGCAGGGCUAUCGACGAUGUUACUAAUGCACUCAUUGCAAAGAAAGAUAGAUUUAUAAAAUGGUCUAAUCAUGAGGAAAUUUUGAAAUCCAAGCAAAAUUUCUUUUCACGGGGUGGAUUUCCAGGAGUAAUUGGCUGUAUAGAUGGAACCCAUGUCCGAAUACAAGCACCUUUUGAAGAUGAGGCCGUGUAUGUGAACAGGAAGGGGUUUCAUUCCAUCAAUGUACAGGCCAUUUGUGACCAUGAAGGGAAAUUCAUUAACAUUGAUGCUCAGUGGCCUGGCAGUACCCACGAUAGUCACGUAUUUCGGACAUCCGAGGUGUGUACCUUCUUGGAAGAAAACCACCGUGGUGUCGAAGAUGGCUACCUCAUUGGUGACAGUGGCUAUGCGUGUUCUAUGUUUUUAAUUACGCCUUAUCUACAUCCUGCAAACCUGUCAGAGGAAGCAUUUAAUACGGCUCAUUGCCGUACACGCAACGCUGUAGAGAGAGUCUUUGGUUGGUGGAAAAGAAGGUUCCACGUCUUGCAUAGCGAAAUCAAGAUGAAGCCUGCAAAAGUCUGUAAAAUAAUUGGUGCCUGUGCCAUUCUGCACAACAUCGCCAUAUCUCUUAAGGAAGAGAUGGAUGAUGAGGACGAAGAAGACGUCAACGCCGCUGUUCAUUUGGCUUAUCGGGGACCUGAGGACGGAAGAGCAAUCAGGAACUUUAUAACCAGGACAUACUUCUAAAAUGAAUGCAUAACAAAAAUAAAUUUUGAGAACCCUUCAUAUUAUUUAUGUAAUGAUUUAAAACUGCAACUGUUUUAUAAGUAGUA